CCUUUAUCCCAUUUAAUUCAAGAUUCAUUCUUUCCAAGAUUCAUUUUUUUUCAGCUAAGUUUACUCCACACACAUACACACACACGGAAUCUGCGUGAGCUGCAAUGGGGGAUCAUGAACAUCACAAGGAAGAGGAGAAGAAGGAGGAGUCGCUGAUUGAGAAAAUCGCCGAUAAAAUUCACGAUCGCGAUUCGUCUUCCUCGUCGUCUGAUUCCGACGACGAGAAGAAGCAGUCGCUGAAGGACAAAGUCUACCGCCUCUUCGGCCGGGAGAAGCCUCUUCACAGAGUCCUCGGCGGCGGCAAACCUGCUGAUGUUUUCCUAUGGAGGGACAAGAAGGUUUCGGCUGGAGUGCUCGGUGGGGCUACGGCUGCUUAUGUCUUGUUUGACGUGCUCGAGUAUCAUUUCCUUACGUUGGUCUGUCACGUUUUGAUGCUUGGUCUAAUUGGUCUCUUCUUGUGGUCGAGCGCGAACACCUUCAUAAAGAAGUCUGCACCGCACAUUCCACAAGUGGUUAUCCCAGAAGAGCCUGUAAUGAAGUGUGCCUCUGCACUGAGGAUUGAAAUUAAUCGAGGCUUUGCUGUUCUAAGGGACAUUGCUUCUGGGAAAGAUUUAAAGAAGUUCCUAUCGGUAAUUGCUGGCUUGUGGGUUUUGUCCUUGGUGGGUGGUUGCUGCGACUUCUUGACGCUUCUAUACACAAUUACUGUAGCAUUGUUCACCGUGCCAAUCUUCUACGAGAAGUACGAGGACAAGGUGGACUUCUAUGGUGAAAAGGCGCUGGCUGAGCUCAAGAAACAGUAUGCCGUAUUUGAUGCUAAAGUUUUGAGCAAGAUUCCAAGGGCGCUGAAAGACAAGAAGAAGGACUGAAGUUGCUUUAGGUUUGCAUGUGCGUUUUUGUAUGUUUUUUCCUGUUAUCAUCAGUUGAUGUAUCAUUGGGUUUGGGUUUUAUCAUAUAUCCUAUGUUGAUAUGAUUACUAGCUAAAUACAUGGUUAUAACUCAUAACUUGACUUCACCUUUGUAAAGUAUGAUGUUUUUUUUUUCUUGACGUAUGGAAGAAGUGGUGGUUAUUUCUGUU